GGCGUCGGAGCCAGAGGGAGCGGCGGGGAGGGACACAGACACAGAGACAGAGACAGAGAGAGACGGAGGGAGCGGGUCUCCAGCUCUCCGGGGAGCCGUGGGAGCGGCCGCUCCGUCUCCUCCUCCAUCCUCCAUCCUCCUCCCCUAUCCUCCUCCUCCUUCUCCUCCUCCUCCUCCGGCAGCCCGGGGCUGAAGGGAGCCCUGAGCUGAUUUCAAGCUGGUGUGCGAAGCCUCCACGCUGCUGCCGCCGCCGCCCAUCCCAAGAGGAGUCACCAUGGCGGCCGGAGUCGCAGCCUGGCUGCCCUUUGCCCGGGCGGCAGCCAUCGGCUGGAUGCCCGUGGCCAACUGCCCCAUGCCACUGGCCCCGACAGAGAAGCACAAACGCCAGGAUGAGCUCAUUGUCCUCAAUGUGAGUGGGCGGCGCUUCCAGACGUGGAGGACCACGCUGGAGCGCUACCCGGACACGCUGCUGGGCAGCACAGAGAAGGAGUUCUUCUUCAACGAGGACACCAAGGAAUACUUCUUCGACCGUGACCCAGAAGUGUUCCGCUGCGUCCUCAACUUCUACCGCACCGGCAAGCUGCACUACCCGCGCUACGAGUGCAUCUCAGCCUAUGACGAUGAGCUGGCCUUCUACGGGAUCCUUCCCGAGAUCAUCGGCGACUGCUGCUAUGAGGAGUACAAGGACCGCAAGCGGGAGAACGCGGAGCGCCUCAUGGACGACAAUGACUCAGAGAACAACCAGGAGGCCGUGCCGUCGCUCAGCUGUCGCCAGACCAUGUGGCGUGCGUUCGAGAACCCGCACACCAGCACCCUGGCCCUGGUCUUCUACUACGUCACGGGCUUCUUCAUCGCCGUCUCGGUCAUCACCAACGUGGUGGAGACGGUGCCCUGUGGGGCCGUGCCAGGCAGCAAGGAGGUGCCAUGUGGGGAGCGCUACUCCGUGGCUUUCUUCUGCCUGGACACGGCCUGCGUCAUGAUCUUCACCGUAGAGUACCUGCUGCGGCUGUUUGCGGCCCCGAGCCGCUACCGCUUUGUGCGCAGCGUCAUGAGCAUCAUCGACGUGGUAGCCAUCUUGCCCUACUACAUCGGGCUGGUCAUGACCGACAACGAGGAUGUCAGUGGGGCCUUUGUCACGCUCCGGGUCUUCCGGGUCUUCCGGAUUUUCAAAUUCUCCCGCCACUCUCAGGGCUUGCGGAUCCUGGGCUACACACUCAAGAGCUGCGCCUCGGAGCUGGGUUUCCUGCUCUUCUCCCUCACCAUGGCCAUCAUCAUCUUUGCCACUGUCAUGUUUUACGCGGAGAAGGGCUCCUCAGCCAGCAAGUUCACGAGCAUCCCCGCCUCCUUCUGGUACACCAUCGUCACCAUGACCACCUUGGGGUAUGGCGACAUGGUACCCAAGACCAUCGCUGGCAAGAUCUUUGGCUCCAUCUGCUCCCUGAGUGGUGUCCUGGUGAUUGCUCUGCCUGUCCCGGUCAUCGUCUCCAACUUCAGCCGCAUCUACCAUCAGAACCAGAGGGCAGACAAGCGGCGGGCCCAGAAGAAAGCCCGCCUUGCCCGGAUCCGCGUGGCCAAAACUGGCAGCUCCAACGCCUACCUGCAGAGUAAACGAAACGGACUCCUCAACGAAGCCCUGGAGCUGAUGGGCUCCACGGAAGACAAUCAGCACAUUAACAAGACCACGUCCCUCAUCGAGAGUCAGCACCACCAUCUUCUGCACUGCCUGGAGAAAACUACUGGGUUGUCCUAUCUUGUGGAUGAUCCCCUGUUAUCUGUACGAACCUCCACCAUCAAGAACCACGAGUUCAUUGACGAGCAGAUGUUUGAGCAGAACUGCAUGGAGAGCUCUUUGCAGAACUACCCGACCACCCGCAGCCCCUCGCUGUCCAGCCACCCCGGGGGCAUUACCACCUCCUGCUGCUCCCGCCGCAGCAAGAAGACCACACACCUCCCCAACUCCAACGUGCCCGCCACCCGUCUGCGCAGCAUGCAGGAGCUCAGCACCAUCCAUAUCCAGGGCAGCGAGCAGCCUUCCCUCACCACCAGUCGCUCCAGCCUUAACAUGAAAGCGGACGAGGGACUCAGAGCAAACUGCAAAGCCGCUCAGAUCACCACGGCCAUCAUCAGCAUCCCCACCCCGCCCUCACUGACUCCGGAGGGGGAGACCUGCCCUCCCCCACCCAGUCCCGGACCCACCACGAACAUUGGCCCCGCGGCCAGCAACGUCGUCAAGGUCUCGGCCUUGUAAAAGCCGUCGCUGGAGGUGGGACUGGGGGGAAGGAAGAGGAGGAUGAUGGAAGAGGAGGAGGAGGACAAUGAUGAUGAUGAUGAUGACGACGACUGCAGGCAUCUGGGGAUGCUUCUCCCCCCGCUCCCCCACCAGCCGCUGUGUCACCUCCCUGCUGAACCUGGCUGGCCUAGGAGGACGAGGACUGACCGGGUGCCGUGGAGUUGGCCGCCGGAGGGGCGGAGAGCCCGGGUUGCCCCAGCUAGGCCGAUCUGCAGGGCGGAGGGGAGGGGCAGGCAGAGUGGGGAAAAGCCCCCAGGGGGGCAGUGCUGGUGCUGGGGGAGCGAAAGGGGGCGAGAGGGGGCAGUGCCCCUUUGGGCUGGAAACGCCAGGAAGGCAAAUCCAAACAACAGCGGCAAGACGUCAAUACAGAAACAGGAAGAAAAUAUAACACUGUGUAUUUAAGCACCUUUUUAAAAGCUUUUAAUGGAUAAUAUUUAUUCAUGAAGAAAUGACUAAACAAAAGGUGGGGGGAAAAAAAACAAAAAAUCAUGAAUUUUUGGUGAUUUUUUUUCUCCGUGGAACUCGACAACCAAAAAUGAUGUAUUUUUGGUUUGGUUUUUCUCGUUCUCCUUUUCUAGCGAAAGGUUUUAGGCCAA